AUGGAGCAACUAUUUUAUGACCCUCUUACCUCAUCUCCACCUCAAUCUCCUGCGAAGAAAGUUGAGCAAGUUCAAGAACCUCCAAAGAAAGUAGAAGAAGAGCAAGAGCCUGAAGAAGUUUAUCUGCAAAAUGUAAGCGAGAAUAUUUCCAGACAAAUUCAGCUGAUUGACGACAAUUUUACUCCAAAAAUCAAAAGAGGUGACGAAGAAAUCCAGAUUUCUGUGACAAAUCCGAUUUUUAAAGAGGAUAAAAUCACUAAACACGUUAUUUAUACAAUACUUGGAAGAGACAAUUCAGGGCCAUUUGAGACUUAUCGUCGCUAUAAAGAUUUUAUUGCUCUUCGAUCAAGUUUGGUUAUUAGAUGGCCAGGCUGUUAUAUUCCUCAGCUUCCGCCAAAGCAACGUGUGGUAAGAAUUAUUUAGGGAAACAAGCAGCCUCAGUUUAUAGAACAAAGAAGAAAAUUACUGGAAUAUUUUAUGAAAAGAUGUGUAGGGCUUUCUUAUAUAAAAUCAUCAGAAGAAUUCAGACUUUUUCUCAGAGGUGCUGGCGAAUAUAAAAGAAUCAUUCUUGAACAAAGAAGACCAAACUACAUAGAAAUCGCUCAUAGCUUACAAAACGAAUUCACUGAGUUCUCAUUAUACCAGUUAUCAGAUGAAGCCAACAGACAAAUAGCUGAAGCAGAAAAAUUAUUCCAAGGAGGACUUGAAACAUUAGAAAAAUUUGAAGAUGUCUGCAAAUUAAAUGUGGAUUAUUAUGCGUCUUUUGAUAAUGAACUCCUAGGACUUAUGCAAGGUCUGAAAAAUAUAAAUGUCUUUUAUCAGCAAAAUUAUAAUGCGAGAGAAAUAAAAAUUCCUUUGAGAGAUUCGCAUAUUAAUCCUUAUCAAAUUUUAUUGGAUUGGGUGAGGUGUGAAAUAUUGGAUAUGCAAGCGAUUAUAGAAGCUAUUGAAAAGAAAAAUGAGUAUGAUAGGAUAAGAGAAUCUGCUGAAAGCAAACUUGAAGAAGAUAAAGCACAGUUAGAAAAAUUAAUGAGUGGCAAAAAGACAUUAUCGCAAAGAUUAUCUGCAAAACCAAAGGAGCACCACAUAUCAAAGCAAGAAACUAUAAUUCAAGAGUUGGAAGCCGAAAUUAAAAGCAUUUUGACUAUAAAUAAAAUUAUUACAGCAAGGCUUAUACAUAAAGAAAUCCCAGCAUUUAAAGAUACAAAGCUUUCACUAUAUGAAGUUAUUAUGCGAACUUUUACGACCUCAACAAUAGAAGAGCUCCAGAGUUUGAUAAAUCAAGGAAAGACUAUUGAAGAAAGUUUAAACUUUUAA